AUUAGGUGAAUCACUCGCAUUCUCUUCUUCACUCUCCAUCAACACCAAAAAUCCAUGCUUUCUUAAUUAACCCCUUACUUUCUCUCUCCAAUUCAUCCUCAAACACUUUUCUUCUGUUUCUCCCUCUGCUGUCGCCACUGUUCCAUCACUCACCGGUGCCACUAUCACCGGUUGAGUGACGCAUAGCUUCUCCAAUUCUACGUUUUUUCUUCAAUUUUCCAAAGGGGUGAAGAAAAAAAAUCAAAGAUGGUUGGUGCCAUAAAAGCUGCGAUUGGAGACGGGGUGUUGACUUUCAUGUGGGUGUUUUGUUCCUCUGUGUUGGGGAUUGCUUCUGGGUAUGUAACUAAAGCCCUUAACCUUCAGGACAUCUCCUACAACGGCUUCCCUUACCCUUCUUUCAUUGUCACCAUUACCCUCGUUUUUCUACUUGUUUUCCUUUUCACCCUCAUCGGCAAUGCCCUCGGCGGCGCCAGCUUCAACCCCACCGGCACCGCUUCCUUUUACGCCGUUGGUCUCGGUUCUGAUACGCUCUUCUCAAUGGCGCUUCGUUUCCCUGCCCAGGCAGUUGGUGCUGCUGGUGGUGCAAUGGCAAUUAUGGAAGUGAUUCCAGAAAAGUAUAGGCAUAUGAUUGGGGGUCCUUCUUUGAAAGUGGAUUUGCACACUGGGGCUGUUGUUGAAGGGUUGUUGACCUUUUUCAUUACCUUUAUCGUUCUCUUCAUCUUCCUCAAGGGCCCUCGUAGUGAUUUGUUGAAGACCUGGUUUCUGGCCACAGCAACCGUAGUUUUGGUCAUGGUUGGAUCUGCCUACACCGGCCCAGCCAUGAAUCCUGCCAAUGCUUUUGGUUGGGCAUACUUAAACAAUUGGCACAACACAUGGGACCAAUUGUAUGUAUACUGGAUUUGCCCCUUUGCCGGAGCAAUAUUGGCUGCAUGGUUGUUCCGUGCAGUCUUUCCCCCACCACCACCACCAGAACUCAAACAGAAGAAAGCAUGAAGAAGGAUUCGGUCAUUUUCUUCUUCAUUUCAAUUGUUAAGCAUAAUGUUACUGCUGCAUUAAGAACCCUUUUAAUCUAUAUAACUCCUUCAUUCUCCCUUCUGUUACUCGUAGAAAAAAUAAUGUAGAAUUUUGGUAUCUGGACUGGAUACUGAUUUCAUUAACAUUACUAUUCCUUUCUAGCAAAAAUUCAAUUAUGAAUUAUGUUUUGGUGAAUAA